UUGAAGAAAGUUCAGGUGAAAUUGGUUGGAGCUAUUGAGAAAUUAAGCUACAGGAUCCCUAUAACAUUCAAGUCAGUGCCCAAAGUCAGGUACAUCAGUUUGAUCAACGGUAUUUUUGUAAUUGGCUUGGCUAGCAUGUUGGCAAUAUAUGGAGGCAUCUUGUUUAAAUAAAUUGAUUGAACGCAAUGAAUGGAAAUUCAACCAGAACAUUAAGAAGACCAACCUCAAUGAAGAUCCUAGCCCAACUAAUAUUACUGAGUUUGACGGAAUAGAAUUUAAAAUUACAUAUGUGAAUGAUAUAAUAGAGUAUCUUGCACCUCCAGAAGAUAUCCUUUCGAUUAUACAAUAAUUCUUGAAGAAUUAUAUUACUUUUCUCAAGAUGAUUAGAACUGAUAAUGUUUGAAAUUAUGAAUAACAGAAAUAUUAACUUAUUCUAAGUGUAGACAGUUAUUUGAACUAUUUGGAGAUAAACACGACUGGAGAGUAUCUUCUUGGAGAAAUCAAGACUACUAAAUGCUCUGAAUCAAUUAAGAAUGUUGUUUAUGAAAAUAUAUUUAAGGAAGAAUGAUUCAUUCUUGAUAACAAAGAGCUGGCUGGAGAUCAAAAUGGAGUUAAUAAGUUUAAAACCAUAGCAAUAGGGAAUCCAAUUUGAGUUGAAAAUAUCAAUUAUUUGUGAUAUGAUAGGGAAGUAUUAAAUCAGAUAAUAGUAUCUUUAAAAGUGAUGAUCUCUGUGAAAUCUAAGUACGUAGAUCUGAGCGAUUCGGAUAACCCAAUAAAAGAAUACAUUGAAACUUUGUUCGAGAUUCCACUACACCCAAAGAUGUUUAAUUAUGGAGGUAUCUUUAUCGAGAGGCAGGAGGUAACUUUAGAUGAUUCCAUAUUCUCUCCAUUCUUUGAAUCAACACAAAUUAAGUUCAACAAGGUUGCUAAUAGAGAAAAGCACCAAGUUUUUACUAGAAGUUUGGAUACACUGGGUGGUUACCCAGUCUUAGGAUAUCGUAUGUUAAUAAAGCUAAGUGACGAAACAGUUCGAUAUUCAAGGCAGGCAUUCACUUUUCUUGAGCUGACCGGAACACUUGGAGGAAUUUUUGAAGUCGGUAAAGUUUCGCUCUCUUUCCUUUUCGGACUAGUUUACUCAUACUUUUCUAAGAAAUCACUAGUUAAUGAAAUUAAGAAAAACACUAGCAUGCUUGUGGAGACCCAGAAGGAGCUCCAAGCUCUUAAGAAAAUGGUGCAGAACCCUAAUCCUUCACAGCAUGAAAAAGAAAACAAUGUUGUGAUUUCUGACGAGCAGAAGAAAAAUAUAGAAAACAGUAAAGAGGAAGAGCACCUUGUUCCUUCUCAAAUAAAAAAGUUUGACAGUAAUAGCUUGUCUUACAAAAUGAUCGAAGAAAGCAAAAGACUGCACUUUGAAAUUGAACCAACCAUACAGAGGUCCAAGUCAAAUCAUUUAAAUAAGCACGACAUUUCUGACCCAACAGGAAUUGCGGCAAUCAAAUAGCCAAACUGAAGAUAUCUUAAAGGAAUUUGAUAAGCAGACUGACUGUCUCAACAUUUUAUUCAGGAUUCAAUCAUUGGAAGCUAAAGUUUCUUAUCUCUUAGAAAAAGAUCCUGAAUAUAAUUCAAAAUAUUGAUAAGUCCUUCAGAUUAUCAUUAUGCAUGACCACCUAAGAGGAUAUUUUGAGUGGAAAUAGCUAAAAUCCAUUAUCCAACCACUUUCCCAACCACCUUCCGAGGUACAUUCCCAGGCAAUCCAACUUGUACGUACCCAGAAGACUCCGACCAAGAUAACUAUUGAACCACCAACGCCUACCUUGAAGAACCUGGCCCACAGAUUCAAGAAAUAUCGAGUUUAUAAUGAAGAAGAGUAUUUGU